UGCACCCCUGCAACCUUACAACACAGCGAACGAGUCAAGAUAAAGGUGUAGUUCACCCACACACCUUUUUAUCCACAGUGUAUUGAGUUAAACUUGGAGGUUAAUGAGCGUUGAAGAGCCACCAUUUACUUGACAUUUAGUUCGCAUUUUACUGAUUCUACACCUUACAGAAACGAGUGCAUCUCAGUAGUGUGCAUAGUUUGGAGAACAUCUGUGGAGUUCGUGUGUGAGGGCGUAUUGUAUCGCCGAUCGAACAGUCUGCGCUGCUGUGCUGAUGAUUCUGCUGCUGAUGCUGCUGAUGCUGCCCUGCAUACCAGCACAGCAGCAAGACUGACAGGGGACAAGGGCUAUACAUCAGGCAAUAGUGAAGGUUAUUGAUCUGAUCGGACAGACAACAGACAUGGAGCUGCACCUAUUCGUCACCACCUGUCUCCUCUUUGGCAAAAUAAUGAUGACGCAUCAAACUCACAUGAACUCAGUAUACACGUUUCUGUUCGCUCCACGUGGGCCUCAGAUGUUUCCAUGUCUAACUUACCUGGAGAGAAAUGUUAGGGUGGACUGCGAGUUCCCUCCCACAUAUCAGAUCCCCGGCCCCUACUGUGAGUAUCGGCAGGACAGCCGGCUGGUGGGCAGCACCUACCCCAACGCUGUCAUCUACGUAUCCACGGAGGACCGCAGGAGGAGCAACGUCAGCCUGGUCGCUCCCAAUCUGUGCCGCCUCACCUGGGCCCCGCUGGCUGACGAGAAGCCUUACACCUACACCUGUAGGGUUUAUCAGGGCAACAGCUGGAAGGAGAACAGCAUGGCGGUUCACCAAAGGAUUCUUCCAAUCUGCUCUGCGAUCAGUGUUAUGUUCAAGUCAGCGCCAUGGUUUUUGUCGCUGGUGAUGUCACUUCCUGUAGCUGUGGGUCUUCUGAGUCCUUGAAAUCUCACUCUUCACAGGGUAACAACCUAAUGGACCUCUACAUUAUCUUACUUUGAUUUGAUAGUUGUCAGUUGGCUCAGUGUGAGCGAAUGUUAUUUCAGUUCAUUUUUAAGCAGAGAAUACAUGAAAAAGACUGAAAAAUUAUCAACCCCUUGUUGGAAUAAUCCUUAAAAAAUGAGAGAUUCUGUGUAACACCACUGUACCUUGAACACCAUUGUUUCACAGUGCUUUUAAAGAUGAUGACGAGAUCGAAUGACAAACCCAAUAACAGAUUCGUUUCUGUCUUCAUCAGGUCUCUCUUGUACAUAAGAUUCGGUAGAAGCCAUCUGUAUACAAACAUUUUGUUAAGUAAAGAAAUAUUAAUUUAUUUUUUUUGUAUUUUUUCACAAAAAAAUAUGCUUCUUAUAGAUUUAUAUUACAUCUUAUUGUUAAUAUAAAUUAUUACAUACGCCUAAAACAGUAAUGAUAAAUUACAAUUGGAGAUCACAAGACGCAUGAUCUUUCAACAUAGUUAUGUGGCAAAAGUGGAGAAUCCUGUCAUUUGAUUUAAUGUUCUGCAGAUUCAUUUUUGCUCAACUAUACAUACAAUAUGUAAGCUAGAGAUGUAUUCAGGUGGACGUUAUGGCUAUGAAAUAAUAGUAAUAAGUAACUGCUCAGACACUGCCUUUUCUGCUUGCAUUGGGCCUCUCUGUUACCUCCAAUACCUUUAAAUACAAUCAAGUUGAACUCUCAUGUGGAGUUCAUCUGAUGAUAACAAAUGAGCUCAAGUAAAACCUCACUUAAAGACUUUUGGAGCUCUGUCAUUGUGCCACGUUUCAGCUUUUGCUUUGAUGCUCAUCUGCCCCACAGCCUAAAAACGACAGGAGGAGCUUGACUGUUCUGAAUGUUCAUGAAGUCUGAUGGCAAAUAAUUCUGCAGCAGAUGGGUAGACAUUAUCAAGAGAUGAAGGAAACGCAAUGUCCUGCUAAGCAGUAGCUCACUGUAAAAAUCGAGGUGUGUUUAAUUGAGACAUCGCAUACAAAUGCACAUCUUACUGAGCACAGUAUGUGUGUCUAUGAUAAUCAAUGCAGCACUUCAAUUAUAAUAUUUAUUUUUAAAGUGUACCCAGUCUCUCCAAAUACACAUUUGAGCCUUUGUUCAUGCAGCUCACUUCAACCUUGAUGUUUUCACAUGUCACAUUUCUGACAUUGAUGGCAUGCUUUGUUUUUCAUUCACUUUGGCCUCAUUAUCUAACAAGCAUUAUUUGCAUUAUUUAACACAUAGCAUUAUUUGCAAAAUAGUACUGUAUGUAAAUGUAAUAAUGACGUCUUAAUAUUUAUUUUCAAAAGGCUUAUUUUAUUCUACCGCUAAAGGUGUACUAAAUGCUAUGACAACAUAAAUAAAGGUUAUACAUUAUAAAGGCA